AUUGCUGUGCACUUUCAUGGUUAGCUUGCUAAUAACGCAACAACUUUGAUGUUGAUUAAAUGAGACUCUGGUGGGUAACUCCCGCUAGAGAUACAGCAAAGUAGGCUAAAGACAGUCCGUGAACACUGAAAAGGAAAAACUUAAAAGGAGAAAGCUGUAUGAGCACGUGAGACAACUCACCGACAUUUGUGGAGGGGCAGUUUCUGAUGCUGCUCUGACUGUAUCUGGAAUGGAGCUCUUUCCCACGAUGCAAGCGUGCACUGGACUGUCGUAGCGGAAAACAGUUUUUUUCGCUACCGCUUGAACUAGCAAGACUGCUAGUGAAAACGUGUCUUUAUAUACAUAUACAUUUCACCGUCGGGAGUGAACGAGGACUGCUUUCCCUCGCGCCCCAGACCAUGGCCUCCACCUCAUGGAACAGUUGCUUCUGGUUGCUCUGGAGACGGACCUUCCUCGCGCUGUGGCUGUGUGCGCUUGUGGCGCGUGGAGCGGCGGAUGACAGCACCUUCAACUCAGAGGCGUGGCUGAGGAUGUACGGUUACCUGCCCCAGGCCAGCAGACAGAUGUCCACCAUGCGAUCAGCUCAGAUUCUGUCCAAUGCAAUCAGCGACAUGCAGCAGUUCUACAGCCUGGAGGUCACAGGACAGAUGGACCCUCAAACCAUCAGUGCCAUGAAGAGACCCCGCUGCGGUGUGCCUGACAAGUUCGGAGGCCAGAUCAAAACCAACGUGCGGCGGAAACGCUACGCCCUCACGGGACAUAAGUGGAACAAGAGCCACCUCACUUACAGUAUCCAGAACUACACUCCCAAGAUUGGAGAGUAUAACUCAUUCGAAGCCAUCCGUCGGGCGUUCAAAGUCUGGGAGAGUAUAACCCCGUUGACGUUUGACGAAAUUCCCUACCAGGAGAUCAAAUAUGGACGCCGCAAGGAGCCCGACAUUAUGAUCUUCUUCGCUUCGGGUUUUCAUGGAGACAGCUCUCCUUUUGAUGGGGAGGGAGGCUUCCUAGCCCAUGCCUACUUCCCUGGACCUGGAAUGGGUGGGGACACACACUUUGACUCCGAUGAACCAUGGACCAUAGGAAACCACAACGUACAAGGUAAUGACCUCUUCCUGGUGGCAGUCCACGAGCUGGGCCACGCCCUUGGUCUGGAGCACUCCAACAACCCCCUGGCCAUCAUGGCUCCCUUUUACCAAUGGAUGGAGACGGAGAACUUCCAGCUGCCUGACGACGACCGGCGGGGCAUACAGCAGAUCUAUGGUCAACCAGACAGCAGCCCCACCCAGGCCCUGCCCACCGUGACACCCCGUCGCCCAGAGCCCAGACCACCUCAAACCCCGCCUCGGCAUCCUGACCGCCCCAGGACCACGGAAAGACCCGAUCACUAUGGACCCAAUAUCUGUGAAGGGAACUUUGACACGGUGGCUAUGCUCCGAGGAGAGAUGUUUGUUUUCAAGGGCCGUUGGUUCUGGCGGGUGCGUCGCAACAGGGUUCUGGAUAACUACCCCAUGCCCAUCGGGCACUUCUGGAGGGGUCUGCCCGGGGACAUCGACGCCGCCUAUGAGAGACAAGACGGCAGGUUCGUCUUCUUUAAAGGAAACAGAUUCUGGCUUUUCAGGGAGGCUAACCUGGAACAGGGCUAUCCGCUGGAGCUGGUUGAUUAUGGUCAAGAUAUUCCGUACGACCGAAUAGACACAGCCAUCUGGUGGGAGCCAUCCGGCUCCACUUACUUCUUUCAAGGAGACUGGUACUGGCGCUUCAACGAGCAGUCCCGCUUGGCUGACCGAGGCUACCCGAAACCCAUCAGCGUCUGGGGAGCGUCAGUGCCCUCCUCUCCCAAGGGGGCCUUCCUCAGCGAUGAUGGAGCCUACACCUUCUUCUACAAGGGUUCCAAGUACUGGAAGUUUGACAACCACCGCAUGAAGAGCGAGCCGGGCUACCCCAAGUCCAUCCUGAGAGACUUCAUGGGCUGCAGCGUGGACCUGGACCCAGACAGAGACACGGACACAGACUCCGGACGCAAAUACCCAGACUUGAACCGCCCGCCGUUCAACCCGGACGCAGACGGACGCGACGGCGACAAGGGCAAAGACCGGGAGGGGACGGACAACGGCGGGACGGACAAGGGCACGGGCAAAGGGUCGGAUGGCGACAAAGACGAAGACUACCGCGAGGGUCGCGAGGAAGACACCAACGAGGUGGACGUGGUGCUGAAGGUGGACGACAGCGAGGAGCGGACCAUGAACAUCCUGAUGGUGACCAUCCCGCUGAUCCUGGUGCUGUGCAUCCUGGGACUGAUCUACGCCAUCAUCAACACGCUGCAGAGCAAAGGGGCGCCGCGGCUGCUGGUGCACUGCAAGCGCUCGCUACAGGACUGGGUCUGACCCCUGACAUUAAGGGACACUGAACUAUGAACCUAAAGUAGGACCUUUGACACCGCCCUCCUCUAAUCCAAGCCUCUCCCCAGCUAUCCAUCUGUCUACAGUCUCUGUGCUCAGUGGCUCCCACAAUUUAGUAGAUGUGAUAGUAGAUCCGAUAUCAUACUCUCUCACACACACACACACACACACACACACACACACACACACACACACACACACACACACACACACAAACACACACUGAAACCUCCUCCUGUCUCCCAUGGUGCUCUACAAUGCUUUGACUGUAGCCUAUUUAUAUGAGAGAAGUUUGCACAUAGUUUUUUUUUCUUAAUGUUUUGGUUCAUUUUGGGUGACUUUAUGU